AUGUCGCUCGUGAAGGACGCCUCGGCACUAGCAGAGAUGUCAGCAAUAUCCGUACCACCGGACGCACCACUGAUGCAACAAACAGCAGAAGCCCAAUCAUUUACCCCAGUAAAUGUCUAUGGAAACUAUGAAUGUUCAAAAGAGGAUCACAGGAAAGACCCCUUAGGGCUUGCAAGAGAGCCAACUCCGCCCCAAACCCGAGCCGCCUCGCCGGCAAGGGUACCGACAACACGACCGCACGCGGAGUUUGUUCAAGCUCUCUUUCGACGGCUGAAUUCUUUAAGAAAUGGGACUGAUGUAAUCCUUGAUGGCAAGUCUCUGGAUAUUCCAAGUGUAGUUGCUGUGGCAAACUACAACGCGAAGCCACGUUUAGAUGACAGGGGAGGCGUUAUUGAAUGUAUAAAUGCCAGUGUUGAUCUUCUUGCUACGCGUCUUCGCGAGGGGGAAAUGGUCUACGGUGUUAACACCGGCUUUGGCGGCAGCGCCGAUGUGCGUACCAAUAAAUUGAAAUCAUUGCAGAAGGGCCUAGUGCAGCAUCAAAACUCUGCCAUAUUGACAUCGCAUGAUGUAAUGGAAAUCGCCAGUUUCCAGGGUGCAGCUAGCGAUGUCAACAGCAAUGCAAUGCCAACUUCUUGGGUACGAGGCCUCAUGCUUUCCCGUUGCAAUUCGAUUAUCCGAGGACACUCAGCUGUGUCAGUGCCUGUCGUUCAGGCUAUCAUCACGUUCCUUGAACAUGAGAUCACACCAAUUAUUCCGAAAAGAGGGAGCAUAUCAGCCAGUGGAGAUUUGAUUCCGUUAUCGUAUCUGGCGGGCGCUCUCCAGGGAAAUCCAGACAUCUUCGUACAGAUCAAGACGAGCGAAUGCAAAUACCAGGUUGUUUCAUCUAACGAAGCCCUCCGGAUGAUCAACAUGACUCCAAUCGUUCUGGGAGCUAAAGAGGGCCUGGGCUUACUCAAUGGAACCGCCGCCUCUGCUAGCGUGGCGUCGUUAGCUCUAUACGAGUGUAAUUACCUUGCUUUGCUGUCACAGAUCAUCACAGGCAUGGGCUGUGAAGCAAUGAGGGGAACCGCAGAGUCUUUCCACCCAUUCAUUGCCAGCACGAGACCCCACAGAGGUCAAAUCGAGGCGGCAGCCAACAUUCUCGGAUUCUUAUCUGGUUCGCGCCUAGCUCAAGGCGUGAAUGACACUAAGAAAGUAGAAGUAGAGGGUCUAGCACAGGAUCGAUAUACCUUCCGAACAGCAUCUCAGUGGAUCGGUCCGCAGCUUGAGGAUCUUAUGCUUGCAAAUGAGCAGGUGGCCAUCGAGUUGAAUUCGACUACCGAUAAUCCUCUGGUUGACAUCAACAGCAACCAUAUUCGUCAUGGCGGCAACUUCCAGGCCGCUUCUAUUACUUCCGCGAUGGAGAAAGCGAGACUUGCGUUGAGUAUGAUUGCGAAGUUACUCUUUGCACAGACAACAGAGAUUAUCAAUCCUGCAAUGAACCGGGGUCUUCCACCUAAUUUAUGUGCCGAUGAUCCAAGCGUCAGCUUCAUGGCGAAGGGCAUCGACAUUACAAUGGCCGCGUACUACUCAGAAAUUGCCUUUCUGUCCAAUCCGGUAUCAACGCAUGUGCAGAGUGCUGAGAUGCACAACCAAGCAGUCAACUCACUGGCCCUCGUAUCUGCACGAUACACAUUGGAUGUUGUUGAUAUUUUGAGUCAGAUGUGUGCCGCAUAUCUGGUCAUGGUCUGCCAGGCUCUAGAUUUGCGCGUAUUGCAAGAGCGCUUUCUUUCCACUGCUCGCACGAAAUUUGCGGAAAUGACGAAAGGGAUCGUCGACGAACUUAGUGGAAAUGAGGCUGAGUCGUCCAAGAUCAGCACCGUAGUCUGGAAUUGUCUCGCCAAGGAGUGGGAUGCCACAACGACUAUCGACCUGACGGAGCGUGCACGGAAGACGGCUGAAACAGCUUCGGCUGCGCUCGUACGAGAACUAAGGGGUUUGUCCGCAUUAACGUGCUCCGUGACAGAGUUCUUUGAGGCUAUAGAGACAUGGACGAACAGGCUUUCCGACACGCUCCAAUCAUUGUAUGAGUCGAGCCGUCAGGAGAUGUUCCAGCGUCACGUUGAGAUCACACCAACUUAUCUUGGCCAAGGUUCGGGUGAACUUUACAGGUUCGUUCGCGGCGAGCUUGAUAUUCCUUUCCAUCGUGGUUUAGUGGACUGUCCAACUUUCGUUCAGCCAGAAGAGCAGACGCCACAGUUGACGACUCGGCCGAAGAAGACAAUUGGAAGCCAUAUUUCCAAAGUGUAUGAAGCUAUUACGAGUGGGACUAUCCACGCAUCAGUCAUGGCUGCAGUGGAGGCGAAUUAAAUUUUGAUGAGGAUCAUGCGCACUUGCACUGAGGAUAAGCACGAGGCGGGAAAUGUACGAGAAGAUCAGAGGCGCUGCCAGUGCU